AUGGUACCCCUAAAUACACCAAAGCCUUCUUCUUCUUCUUCUUCAACCAAACCAAAACGCAAAAGGUCCCGGUUUGGUUGCAACAAUUGCAAGAAAAUGAAAAUUAAAUGUGAUGAAAUAAAACCGCAAUGUACCAAUUGUCAAAAAUCAAAAAAGCACUUCAAUAAAUGCGAUUACUCCAUCAAGCUAUCCUGGGGUGGUAGGCCUUAUAAGAACGAAACCAGAAAGAAAGCAAUGCGGAAUUGUGGGUUUCCUUGCCCUGAAAAUUCACUAAAGGAAACCGCUUCCCAUAAACCAUCAUCAUUAUCAUUUAACUUUGAAACCAUUUCUCCAAAGAAAAGAACAACCGCCCAAGCAAAAGCUAAGGUGCAGAUUCUGCCCGUCAAAUAUGUAUUCGUCAGUGAAAAUGAGGGGAUUUAUGAAGAAUAUCAUGGGGGUGUAGGAAGCAGUUCCAACCCAGUGGCCCUGAAAAGAUACAUUCUGGUAUCCACAAAAUGUAAAAAGAUUCCCACGGUUAAUCCUAAACUACACCAGUCUGUUUCUGGUUAUUUUGAGUGUUUUCCAACUUCUCUUGACCUUGGUUCAUUGGAUGAUGAUGAUGAUAAUAAUAAUGAUGAUGGGGAUUCUAUUGAUCUUGAACAACCACUUUCUAAGCGGAGCCGUUUCAGCCUUAACAAUCCGUAUGAUGAGUUUCCUAUCAUCCCUACAGAUUCGGAAUCUUCUUUGAUGAGUAAUCGUAGUGUCACCCAGUCUUGUAAUGGCUCCAUCAAGACCAGCAGGACAAGUGUUGAUAUAGGAUUUUCCAGCAAAUUUUCCACCGCUCAGCAUCUCACAAAUGAAAAUUUGGACUCUUAUAGAAUAAUCAGGACCCAUACACAACAUCCCGAUCUGUGUGAUACCUCCAACCAUGGGUCUGAUUCAGUAAUUGAUGAUGCUUUCCGGUACGAUUACUCUAAUUUUGCCGAAAUAUUGGCUAAAGCGGAGCAGUAUGAAGAGAAUUCCACGAAAAAUUGUUCGUUUUCUUAUCAUCAUCAUCAACACGACAUUAUUAUCAGCGAGCCAUAUCAUGAUAACUCGAACAGCUGCCAAAUUGUAUCGAAUAAUAACGAUACCCAGAAACCAAAUCAGACCUCAAAUUCCCAGCAAUCAAUAACUGCAUGCAAUUCGCAAUUUGAUUCUUUCUUGCUGUACAACGCGAUGAAUAUUGACUUACAGGAUCAUUCCACUUACGAAAUCAUCAAGCCAGGCCUCAAGUCCCUCAUCACAAUGUUUCUAUGGAAAGUUGGUGCCACAUUACCACAGUUUUCUGAAUCAACUAUAGGAAGUUUGGUCAACCAAUUACUUUUUCCUAGUUAUAAAUUAGAACCAAGCACUGCAAGUCAAUUCAUGGCAAUUAAACAUGGCAAUAAGUUUAUGGGUGGGAAAAUUAGUAAUGAGAGUGCGGCUUACAACUUGAAAGAAAAGAAAACUAGCUUAAUGGGUAUUGAAAAUUUCUUUACUGAUUUGAACAUUGGUGAUUUCCUUAACCAUGAAUUAUUUGAUAUUAAUGAGCCGCAAUCAUCAAAUAUUUCAAUUCCAUUUACUGAAUCAGAUGAUUUCUUUUCGACUCUGUCGAAUUUCACUGGCGUUACUGGUGCCAAUGGUGGCAUAUUGAAUAAUAAUGCCUGUGCAUUAUCAAAGACUAGUGAUAAUAUUAUCGGUUAUUCUGAUUAUGUUGAUAUCUAUUCAUUUGCUCCAGUCGGUGUAAUGUUGCUUGAUUCUCGAAUAAAUGACGGUGACGAAAUGUAUCAGAAAGAUAUUUCCUCGGUUUAUGAUAACCCAAAUUCUGUGAUGCAUUAUUAUAUCCGGGCUAAUUUUGAGGUUUCCAUUGUUCCAUUACCAGACUUGCUAAGAAACGUCAAGUAUUACCGAGAAUUGUUCCAUUUUUAUAUAAAUUGUGCUACGGAUUGCAUGCUUAAUUGCAAUGACGAAUUUUAUGCUAAAUUAAACUUUGAUAAUUCUUCGUCGUGCUUGAUCGAAAAAAAUCCAUUCAAGUAUCAACUUCCUGCCAUUGCCUUUGAAAACCAGGGGAUAUUGAGCAUGUUACUUGCGAUUUCUGCGGCUUUGCUUCAAUUCAAGCGUAACUGUUCAAAUUUAAAUCUUGGGGAACUAGAUCAGCUGCACGCCAGUGCUAGAACGUUGGCAAAUUUGGGUAUCGCAAAUAAUUCAAUAUCCAAGUACAAUUAUCAUAAACCAAUAAUCCAAAACUUGGUGUCUCGUGCAUUUUUAGAAUUGACGCUGAACUUAUCUCUGAAUGAGAGCCAUCAAGAGAGUAUGGUGAUUAUUUAUUUAGUUACUUAUCUUGAAAAAAUCACCUGCAAAGAAUUGCACUGGAAAUUGCUUGAUUAUGAUCUUGAUUUGGUAUUUACGGCCAUGGAGUUUAAUUUGGAAAUUCUUACUGCUGACUUACAGGAUGUUGUUGUGAAUUAUAUUGGUUGUUCAAGUUCCAGUGGCCAGCUUGAUCAUUUCUUGGAAUUUUUGAUAACUUGGUUUUCUACAUUGACAGUUGUUUCAGGAUGCAUGUUCAAAGUCACUAAUGUUAGCCGUGAAGCGAUUUAUAAAGAAGAUUCUUUGAUUUUGAAACCAGAUAUGUUUGGUGGUGAUUAUUGUGUUGAGUCCCUGACCUCAAAUAUGAAUAUGGUGGGUCUUGAUGUCUCACUCGUUGGAGAAUUACUCAAGAUUAUGCAAUUAUCUAAAGAGAAGCUACAGUUGGUCAAUAAGUUCCGUGCCUCCCGGUAUAAAAGCUCGUUGAAACUUCUGGAUAUUUUCAAUAUGAACUCUGGGUUGAUUGCUGAAGCGUUAGUCUUGAACAAAAAGGCAGUUUCCAAACUCAACAAUGUGCUAUCCAAAUUAGAUGGCGAAAUUUUGAAGAAAAAGCAAAAUCUUGUUCCAAAUGGCGAUAAUCUGAAAAUUAAUGAUUCAAUUGCCUGUUUGGAAGUAUUGAAAUCCACCAAUAAGCUUCAUGUGUAUUCUGCUUUAUUGAUCUUGUAUCGCCGAGUAAUCAUGAUUCCGCGAGAUUCGGAAAUUGCUCAGAAAUUUAGCACAGAAAUCUUGAACUUAUCAUUUGAGUUACCUAAAAAACUUGAUUUCAUCUCUUCAUCUUCCUCUUCGUUGAAUAAUUCUGUUGCCACAAUGUUUAAUAGUUGUCUUAAUUUUGCUAUUGUUUGCGGAGCGGUGGAUACCUUGAAUUAUGAUUUCAAGCGACAAGCUAUGUUGAAAAUAUUUGAACUUAGCAAAGGAACUUUCAAUUUGAACUCGUUCUUAGCUUUUGAAAUUAUUCAAGAAAAUUGUGAAAAUGGAAUGCCAUUAUCAGAGAUCAUAUGGAACAGGAACUUUUUGGCGUUUCUUUCAUGA